AGCUAAGAGGCUUCAUGGAGACGGAGGCCUCGCCGCCGUCGCCGCUGAGCUCGCUGCGGGACAGGCUGAGGGCCACGGUGUGCUGCUGCUUCGGCUCCGGCUCCGGCGGCGGUGGCCUUGGCGACACGGUGGCGCAGUGGCGCCGCCGCGUCGGCGCGCCGGGGGAGUUCCGGUAUGACCCGCUCAGCUACGCGCUCAACUUCGACGAGGGCGCCGCCGCCGCCGCCGACGACGACGACGACGACGAAGACGGAGACUUCGAAGCCGGCAACCACCGCGCGGACGGUCUGCUCUACCGGAGUUUCCCCCCGCCGCCGGCCGCCGGCGCCGUCGCGUAGCCGCCCGGCGGCAACCGGAACCAUCG